UAGGACAUACAUUUAAGCGAGUUUGCUCGGGAUAUAUAAUUUUAUACACAUUUUCAGUGCAACUAUUUAUUUGAAGUAAAUGAUAUGUAUAAUAUAUCGCCGUAAAACUAAGGUUUAAACGUUGUAAUUGGAUCCACAUUAACUCGUAUUUUGAGAUCUAACUUUCGUCGUAAUAAAAUGUGACCCCUCCUCUACGUGGAAUGGUACAGUCCGGAACUUGAAGCAUUUUGCGGGAAGCGGUUUCUGCGGACUACGGACUGUUUACAAAACAAACGUGUCACUCAACUAAACUACAGCGGUUCCAAAUGAGUGCCAAAAAAGGCAGAGGAGCCAAAGUGCUCACGGUGCCACAACAUGAGAGUCAAAAAGGUUCGUCUAAUGAUAAUAUGGAUUCUCCCAAUAUGUCUGCUAUAGAGAGAGCUAGCUUCCUGGAGGGACUGCAGCAACAUUAUGGGAACCCUCUGCACAGCACCGCCAUGGAGGAAGAUUUAAACGUCUUAGAUGAGGAGCGGAUGAACAGAGGAAAAGCUGGGAGAAAGGAAAUCCCUCAGACGUCGAAGACUGCUGUUAAAGAACGCAGAGCUGCUGCCAAGAGGAAGAAGGCAGAGAGGGAUGGAGAGGAGAAAGAAGAGGAGGAGAAAGAGAGGAGAAGUACUGGAGUGAUGUCUGCAGCGAGGCCGGUGAAAGAUCCACAGCUGAAGAAAGGAAAGAAGAGAAAGAGUGGCGCGUCCAGUUACCCUGAGUCACAGAACCGUUCUGACGGUCGCGUCGUCCCGUCCUCUUACGAGGAGGAGCAGGACAGGAGUUGGUGCCCGAGUCCAAAGAAGGCCAGGGUGUACAGUUUGGGCAGAUCCAGAAAGUCUUCGUCUGAGAAGUCUAAAUCUAGAAAGUCUUCAUCAGGCAGUGCAUCUGCAGACCCAGAGAUGGCCAGCCCUGAUGAAGAGAGGAGGAGGAGGAGGAGGAGGCGUGCGGGUCAGGGAGGAACACAGUUAGAGGUCGUGCUGGAUGCCUUCCUUGACUUCUGUGACCAGUACAGGGAGUCUGUGCAGUCUAAAGCAGUCAAACAGUGCGUUGAUUCCUUCUCCUCCCAUGUGAAUGAGCAGCUCUUGGAAAAGAUCUCUUCUUCCAAAGAGCUCAAGGUUUUAAAAAGAGAAAAUGGCAAGGUGGGUUCUUUGAUCUGCACAAAGACACAGAGACUGUUGGAUGCCAAACAUGAGCUGAUGAGGGCAGAGAGGCAGGUGUGGUUGCUGCAUAAGGAGAAAACUGAACUAAAAGUGCGAUUAGCUGAUCUGAUUCGAGGCCAAACCUUCCUGCAUGACAUCAGAGAGCUCAACAGACAGUACUUGGACUACCGACACAAACACCCCAAAGAAAAACAGAUGUAUGGGGCGUCCAGUUUGCCGGCUCUGCUGUUGGAGACCAAGCAUGUUCAGGCAGCAGAGCUUCAACUGAGAGGAAUAAAAAAAAAAAAGAACUGAAGAAGAAUAAGACUAGGAAAUGAUACACACACACACACACACACACACACACACACACACACACACACACACACACACACACACACACACACACACACACACACA